ACCAACAGGGCACCCGCUUUCCCCUUCUCCGGCUCCCUCGCCGAAUACCCCGGCGCCCCUCCGCGCGCCGCCUGGAGGGCGAGGGCGCGGGGCCGAGGCGCGCAGCAUGGAGUGGGGUUACCUGUUGGAAGUGACCUCGUUGCUGGCCGCCUUGGCGCUGUUGCAGCGCUCGAGUGGCGCGGCGGCUGCCUCGGCCAAGGAGCUGGCGUGCCAAGAGAUUACCGUGCCGCUUUGCAAGGGCAUCGGCUACAACUACACGUACAUGCCCAACCAGUUCAACCACGACACGCAGGACGAGGCGGGCCUGGAGGUGCACCAAUUCUGGCCGCUGGUAGAGAUCCAGUGCUCGCCGGACCUCAAGUUCUUCCUGUGCAGCAUGUACACGCCCAUCUGCCUGGAGGACUACAAGAAGCCCCUGCCUCCUUGCCGCUCGGUGUGCGAGCGCGCCAAGGCCGGCUGCGCACCCCUCAUGCGCCAGUACGGCUUCGCCUGGCCGGACCGCAUGCGCUGCGACCGGCUGCCGGAGCAGGGCAACCCCGACACGCUGUGCAUGGACUACAACCGCACGGACCUCACCACAGCCGCACCCAGUCCGCCGCGCCGCCUGCCGCCGCCGCCUCCGGGUGAGCAGCCGCCCUCUGGCAGCGGCCACGGCCGCCCGCCGGGGGCCAGGCCCCCGUCCCGCGGCAGGGGCGGUGGCGGCGGGGACGCAGCGGCGCCCCCCACGCGCGGCGGCGGCGGGAAGGGCGCGGCGGCGGCGGCGGGCGCGGGCGCGGCGGGCGCGGGAGCAGGCGGCCCGGGCGGGCGCGGCGAGUAUGAGGAGCUGGGCGCUGUGGAGCAGCACGUGCGCUACGAGACCACGGGCCCGGCGCUGUGCACCGUGGUCUUCCUGCUUGUCUACUUCUUCGGCAUGGCCAGCUCCAUCUGGUGGGUGAUCCUGUCGCUCACGUGGUUCCUGGCGGCGGGCAUGAAAUGGGGCAACGAGGCCAUCGCCGGCUACUCGCAGUACUUCCACCUGGCCGCGUGGCUCGUGCCCAGCGUCAAGUCUAUCGCCGUGCUGGCGCUCAGCUCCGUGGACGGCGACCCGGUGGCUGGCAUCUGCUACGUGGGCAACCAGAGCCUCGACAACCUGCGCGGCUUCGUGCUGGCGCCGCUCGUCAUCUACCUCUUCAUCGGCACCAUGUUCUUGCUGGCCGGCUUCGUGUCGCUCUUCCGCAUCCGCUCAGUUAUCAAGCAGCAGGGCGGCCCCACCAAGACGCACAAACUGGAAAAGCUCAUGAUCCGCCUGGGUCUCUUCACCGUGCUCUACACCGUGCCCGCUGCCGUCGUGGUCGCCUGCCUCUUCUAUGAGCAGCACAACCGCCCGCGCUGGGAGGCCACGCACAACUGCCCGUGUCUACGGGAUCUGCAGCCAGACCAGGCGCGCCGGCCCGACUACGCCGUCUUCAUGCUCAAGUACUUCAUGUGCCUCGUGGUGGGCAUCACCUCGGGCGUGUGGGUCUGGUCCGGCAAGACGCUCGAGUCGUGGCGUGCCCUGUGCACCCGCUGCUGCUGGGCCAGCAAGGGCGCCACGGGGGGCGCGGGCGCCGCGGCCGCGGGGGGCGCCGGGGGACCCGGGGGUGGCGGGGGCGUGGGGUCCGGUGGGGGCGGGGGCCCGGGCGGUGGGGCGGGAUCCCUCUACAGCGACGUCAGCACCGGCCUGACGUGGCGAUCUGGCACGGCCAGCUCCGUGUCUUAUCCAAAGCAGAUGCCAUUGUCCCAGGUCUGAGUGGAGGGGAGGGGGCACCCGGAAGGAAUGGGGAGGGGGGCGAGGAAACCAAGUGCAGCGAAGGGACACUCGACGGGCUGAGGUUCCCACCCCUUUACCGUGUUGAUUGCUAUUAGCAUGAUAAUGAACUCUUAAUGGUAUCCAUUAGCUGGGACUUAAAUGACUCGCUUAGAACAAAGUACCUGGCAUUGAAGGCUCCCAGACCCAGCCCCCUUUCCUCCAUUGAUAUGCGAGGAGCUCCUCCCGCCAGGCGUUAAUCUCUGUUGGCAGAGGAGGGUGGACUCUGCCGCGUUUCAGAACGCCAGGUUUGGAGCCCUCGCUGGUUGCCGUUUGCUGAGCUUGAAGCCAGAUCUACUACAGAUUUCAUCUGAGGGACCUAUUUUUCUCCCUCGACUCUCCUAUGUAAACUCUUACUCCUAACAUACCCUAGAGGAGGGAUGACCGCGACCUAAUGGAAUUGCACGGUUUGGGUAUUCUUAAUGACCAGGCAAAUGCCUUAAAUAAACAAAUAAUGUCUUAAUUAUACACCCCAAGUAAAUACGGGUUUCUUACAUUAGAGGAUGUAUUUAUAUAAUUAUUUGUUAAAUUGUAAAAAUGUGUAAAAUAUGUACAUAUCCAAAGAUAUACAGUCUGUACAUUUUUUGUAAAAAGUUUAGAGGCCACCCCUGUAAGAACAAAUAUAAGUAUUCUAUUUUGUCAAUAAAAAGACUUUUGAUAAAUGAUUUAAGCAUCACCCUUUCCCCCUGCCUCUUCUAAGCUGUUACCUUUAAAGUGCUUGCUAAGGACACGUUGAAAAAUGGACAUUUUCUGGUUUCUCAUUCUGUACACUGACCUUAGGCUGGAGAAAAUGACCUGUUAAACUUAGUUCUUAAGUUGUUAGCAAAGUAAAUAUCCUUGUUGAACUGAAAUCAAAAUUGAGUUUUUGCACCUUCCCAAAAGACGGUGUUUUUCAUGGUAGCCGUUUUCUCAUCCAUGGAUAACAACACUCACCUUAGUGUGUGUAAAUGGAACUUUUGCAAGGCAACAAUUGCACUCAGGCCUUGUUAUUUAUCUUGUACAAUAUCACUAAAGGCUUCAAAACCCCACAUUUAUUUCUCGA